AUGGACUCAAGACGUUCGACGCUGCUCACAGGAGCUGAUACCCCUCUCACAUCAUCCUCAUCUCAAGGCCUCAAAGGGGACCUAGCCUCUAUAGAUAAUAUUGCAAGGUAUGCUUGGGCCGAGGCCAAAAGAAAGGGGUCAUCCUGGUUGGCGUCCUAUACCGACACUCGACAGACCUACGUAUUGAGCGAGAACAAAGUAUUCAAAGUCCAAGGUACCGAUAAGGAUGCUGAUGAUACAUACCAAUUUACAUCCAUUUGGAGACCUCUCACAAAGGGUGAUGAAGUCAAAGAUACAGAUUUCAAGUUCAAAUGCGACAGAGCUCAACUGUCAGGAUUUGAACCCCUAGGACCCUUCCCUCAGCGAUACUUUGCUGAAGGACAUUAUGGUGGUGAGCCUAUUACCGUCCAAGGUCAAUUUGAUAGGUUUGAUGAAGCGGAUGUACAGUUUGUGGGAUAUAAUGUUGUACAGGGGACGGAAGAUCUGCCAACGCCCUCUCGAGCUUAG